AUGCCUCAGAGUGCUGCCAUUAUAUCGGGUACGCAGGCUGCCCUAGGGCAAUUUCCCUGGCAUGUUCUUUUAAAAAUCGACGAAACAGAUGAAGGCACAUAUGAUAUUUGUGGCGGUUCUAUUAUUUCCAAUAAAUGGGUUUUAACAGCUGCUCAUUGUAUCUAUAAUAUUAAAAGUCUUGUUAUGGCAUUUGGAACCAUACAGCUGGACAAUAAUUCCAUAAUUAUGGACUGUCCCAACUACUAUAUACAUCCAUCUUACAAUGAUGAUUACUUCACCGAUGAUAUUGGUCUAAUUGAAUUAAUUACACCCUUGAAUUUUACCCACAACAUACAAGCUAUCGAUUUAGUAGCUUUAUCGGAAAGUACAAAUGAUUUUGUGGGCGCUCAAGGUAUUAUAAGUGGUUUUGGUACGACAAGUGAUAAAAUUUAUAAACCCUCCCAGUGGUUAUUAUGGACCACUGUAGAAAUUGUUAAUAAUAGUAGAUGUGCUAAGGUGCACAAGGUACCAAAUGAUAAUAGAACUAUGUGCGCUAUUGGUUGGAAUGGUACCAAUCAAUCGCCCUGUAUUAGUGACUCCGGUGGGGCUUUAGUUUGGAAGAAUAAAUCUAAUAAGCUGGUACAAAUUGGCGUAAUAAAUUUUGCCGCAAAAAGGUGUUCGAAACAACCAACGGGUUAUGCUAGAUUAACUACUUAUUUGAAGUAUAUUCAAGAUGUUACCGGUUUAAAUUUGGUUUAA